UGUCAUUGGUGUUCCAGCCAAACAAACAUGGCGGCACCCAUGGAGCUGCUGUGCUGGGGAGGCGACUGGGACUUGCCGUCUGUACACACGGAAUCUUUAAUAGUGCUGGCAUAUGCAAAAUUUGCUGGCGCCAAACUUACAGUCAAGCUAGUGGACUGGACGUGGAGGACUAUCACAGCCACAGUUCCACAACUGCACCAUGAGGGAUCUUCAGUAACAGAACCUACACAGAUUCUCAACUUUCUCAGGCAGAAUAGAUUCAAUGCAGAUUAUGAGCUGUCUGCUAAGCAGGGAGCUGACACCAUGGCCUACAUUGCUCUCCUGGAGGAGAAACUGAAGCCAGCUUUGCUCCAUACAUUUUGGGUGGACGCUGAGAACUACGCCAACCUGACAAGGCCUUGGUUUGCUUCUCACUCUCCGUUCCCUCUCAACUUCAUUGUACCAAGCCGCCAGGCCAGUGUGGCUCUGUCCAGGAUUCUCCUGACCAAAGCGGAAGCUCCACUACAUUCAGUCACAGAGGUGGAAGGAAAGAUCUACAGUGAAGCCAAGGAGUGUCUGAAUUUGCUCUCUCACAGAUUGGGGUCCUCACACUUCUUCUUCGGAAACACGCCUACAAGUCUGGAUGCCUUUGUUUUUGGCUACCUUGCACCGCUCCAUAAAGCCAGUUUACCCAGUGUUCAGCUCCAGCAGCACCUAAAACAGCUUCACAAUCUCUGCCAGUUCUGCACUAACAUCAUCAAAAACUACUUUUCUGAAGCUGCCUCUGGCUCUCCUCCCACUAGCCAGGACGCAGUUGAUGCAAACCUCCAGAAACUGACGCAGCUUGUUAACAAAGAAUCCAACCUUAUUGAAAAGAUGGAUGAUAAUCUGCGCAGUAGCCCUCAACACAGACCCAGCCGACCCCAUAAAACUGAAGCCAAAUCUUCGUCUCUGGCCACUGAUAGGAACUUGUCCCCCACCUAAUAAUCUCACCCACACAACACAGUGGUAUCGUUCCUUACCUUUUUAUUUAUGCGUAUAUUAUCCAAGAAAUAAUAAAAUGGGCAUGACUGCAGGAGGAGUCACAAGUUUUCUCACACACAGUAUAUUUACUUCGAUCAGCCAUAACAUUAAAACCACCUGCCUACUUUUUCCCUUGUGCCACCAAAACAGCUCUGAGUCAUCGAGGAAUGGACUACACAAGACCUUUGAAUGUUUGUUGUGGUAUCUGGCACCAAGUUAGCAGCAGAUCCUAACUAAGAUGAGUCCUAAGUUGUGAGGAGGGGCCUCUAUGGAUCAGACUAGUUUGUCAGAUUGAGAUCUGGGAAAUUUGAAGGCCAUAUAAGGCCCUUGAACUCUUUGUCAUGUUCCUCAAACCAUUAGCCUUUGUAUCCAUGAUCCUGUCACCGGUCCAGUGGUUGUCCUUCUUUAGACCACUUUUGGUAGGUACUAACCCCUGCAUAUUAAGAACACCUCACAAGACCACAUUAACCCAGUCGUCUAUCUUAGAUCACUCAAAAGCCACUCAGAUCCUUACACUUGCCCAUUUUUCCUAUUUCCAACACAUCACCUUUAAGAACUGACCGUUCACUUGCUGCCUAAUAUACCCCACACCCCUUGACAGGUGCUCUUUAAUGAGACAACAAAUAAACUAAUUCUUCACUUCACCUCUCGGUGCGUUUAAUGUUAUGGCUGAUCAGUGUUUCUUGAACAAAUGUUUUUGUGGUUGAACAAAUGUGGCCGUUAUUGAAAGCUCUGUUUUUCAUGUCUCGUACUGAUUUAGAUUAUUUUCAUAAUCUACAAGAUUGUAUUUACAUAUCAAAUAGUAUAAAAAAUUAUGCUUAUCCAAAUACUAAAGACAGCAAUUAAAUAUAUAAAAUGACUGUUGCCAUUCUGAACGACCUUCACCAUAGGGAAAUGAUAUUUUAUAACAUUCACUGUGUACACACACACACACACAAUCUCUGUCUGAAUCUCUCUCCAUUAGCAGUGUAAAAAUAGAGAUUCUUUUGGAGCUGUUAGUUCGUGCUGAACCUAAAUCAUGCUUCAUUUUGUUGAACAUCUUGAUUGUGUUUUCGUUUUCAAUUGUGGCACAAUUGUGUGAUAUAUAUUAAGGUUUGGCUUAAACAGCUUGCACCACAUCGUUCAGUUAAUCAACAAGUCAGUGUGUGACAGUCGGAAAUCAUCAGUGAACACCAAGCUCAGUAGUAUAACUCAUUAUACCAUCUUCAUUCAGGUUAAUGUAUUGUUCUGCUUGGUCUCCUGAACACGUAAAAAUAUAUGGAUCAUUCUGGGGAUUAUUUUUACCCAUAACACUUUCUGUUUUAUGAUGUUUAAACUCCUGCCUUUAAAAGCAAAUGGAUCUCUGUUGAUGUUUUCCGUACAUGUGCCUUCCCUUCUGUAUCCAAGUGUAAUUUCCUGACUAUGAACAUGCUCAACCUUAAAUGAAAAUAAUUUCACAUUGUAAGCAUGCCAGAAGUGCUCAGGAGAUGCAUUACAUAUGUUAUCGCAUCCUAAUCAUAAUUAGCUGCACUCACCUCACCACAUACAUGCCAGUGGCUUCAGUUUUUCCUUUUUUUCACAAUGUUAGCACUUUAAAUGCCUUUGUAUGCUCAUGUACUAUACAAGUCUGCUAAUUCAUUGCUGAUUAAUGAAAUGGCGUGUCUUGAAUUCCUGAUGUAUUUUAAAGCAUCUCAGCUUCAUCAGUUAUGAAAAGAUUUGUCAGAGGAAUGUCAAGUGUUCAAACACAAAUGUAAUAAAAUAGAGUUUCUAGUAUUUUGCCACUGUUCAGGGCAGCACUGAAAUGUCAGUAAUUGAAACUGCAUUGUCUGGAGAACAAAAUGCUUUUCUUCCACAGUGCUUUUCUUUGUGAACCAUUUUUUCUAUUAUUUAUACAAACUUAGUUCUUUACCAGAAUUGAGGCAUUAAGGACAGGUACAAACAGACAGUCAGAACAAUCACUAAAUGGUUCUCAGAGCAGUGAACUGAUUCUGGGAAACUAAACUGCAUCCUUACAUUUACGGAGUCAGUGAAUAUUUUUAUAUUUAACAAACUAGUAAAUCUAGUGAAGGUACAAACAAUUCUAAGGAAAAAAAAAAACAAGAAGACCUGCUCUUUGGAAGUACUGAGAUGAUUACCGUUAGGAAUUUCUUUGUCUACUCAAAAGCCUGGCAGUGUUUUGGAAAUGCAGGACAAACUGUUUUUCACUGUAAAACAGAUGUCUAAUUUUUCCUUUCAUUAGAAUUUUCUUCUUUUAAACAAUAUAUAACCGUGGUUCAGUGUAGCAGCCUUCGAAAAACACAUUUCGUACAUUUCUGGGGCUUGCGUAACGGCAUUCACAAAGAACAGAAAGAAGAAGAGAAUUAGCGUGUGUGGAUUUAUUCUGUUUAGCUUCAGGUGCACAUUUUACGCGAGGCUAUCAUUGAGUAAAUCCAACUAUGCUUUAAAUUCAAAUACUUUUUAAACCAGUAAACAGCUCUCUAAGCUGCGAACUCAAAUUUCUGCUCACAUAUGACAUGAGCUUAUAUUAAUUAGUCCAAACAAUUUGAAAUCCAAAGUUUGUCCACAAAAUACAGUGAACUAAAGCAAGUCAAGGGCUCACAUUACUGUACCCCUUGUGGUAGAAAAAUGUGUAUUUUAAUUCUGUAAACCUGAAAAAACCUAGAAAAAGGGUCCUACAGACUGGCUCUGAAUGCAGCUCACUAAGUGACAAACAAUAUUUAAAUCUACAAUCUAUAUAAAACAAUUAUAAUAAUAUUUCAAUUGUUAUUUAUUUCUACUCUUUCUCAAGCUGUCAGUAGUGAUCACUUUGAGUCUGGUUUUGCUUCAUACAAAAAAAACAACAACAAAAAAACAGCAUAAUUAAACACAAAGGAAAAGACCUUUACAAACUGAAGAUAAAUAACUGCUGGUUACAAGAAAAGACAAAAAUGUUUGGUUUAUAAACAAUAUAAUACAUUGUGUAUGCAAAGAAAUAUAUAUAUCAAAACGGUCAAAGAUGACCACUAAAAAGAAUAUGAUAAAAUUCUUGUAUGUUGUAAAUAUACUGACAUUUUAGACAUUAUGUUUUCUGUAAAUCCAUAAAGUCAUCUUUGAUUAAAUCACUGUAUAGAGAUAUAAAGUGGAAAAAAAAAAAAACGCAGGCUGUGACUGACUUUUGGCAUAGUAGGCAUCACCAAGCAUAAACCUUUCAAUUACAUUUCAGUUUUAAGAACAGUAUAGCAUAUAGAUAAUUCUUUCUUGAUCUGAAGUGAGCUUUUAAAAAAUAAGAUGACUAAAGUUGAACCCAUAAGCUAAAUAGCAUUUAAAUAAAUGACUUGAAAUGCCAAAUAAUUUGCUUUUCACUUCAUGACCUUCAGUGACACUCUAUCAGAGGGGCUAUAACUACAGAUAAUGAAGAUCAACAGAUUGUAAUUAUUCAGGGCCGAGAUUAAUAUAAUAAUAACAAUGAUAAGAUUAAGUAUUUAAUGUAUCUAUAAAAAUCUAGAGGUUUUCCCCUGAACAGAGCAGAAGGAAAGAAUAAAUGAGAUAGCAGAAAACUGCACAAGACUUACAGCAGCAUCUACUGGUCAGCUAUGAUGUGAACAGUAGAGGGAAAUGAUAACGAGUGAUAAAAGUAAACAUGAUCAACACUGCAGUAACAUUUUCUCAAAAUCUGGGUGAAGUUCACACUACUGUACUAAGUAUAAGACUAUACUAUAUAUUACAGCACUAUACUCCAACAGAGUAUUCUCAUUGUAUACAUUCUUUACUCCAUCUCAUAUCUUUUAGUACAUUACACUACUGGUUAUUACCUGAUGCAUUCACAAUUUCAAUAUUUACAAAAAGUAAAUAAAUCAAUACACCCAUAAACCGCAUUAACCACCAAAACAAAAUGGAAAAACACUUUCAAAUAGCAAUUCUCUUUUAAAUGACAUCUUUACUUUAAGAGAAUACUGUCCUGUAUUACUUCUGUAACUCAUUCUCAGUACCUGCCUGUGUAAUGUGUGUGUGUGUGACAAGUUUUAAGGGCAGUUACUGUAAUUUAUCAGCAAACUUUUUGCACACCUUUCUGGUGACUUAUUAAUCUGUAUAGAACAUUAUUUGUGGUCUAUGCCUCACUUUCCACUUGUGUGGAAGGAAAUAAAAGUGAGUUUCUAGUAUAA